UACUUAUAUUAUUGAGCCUGUACACACUCACAAUCUAAGCUUUUACACUUUGCCUCAAUGAAUCAUACAUGUACACUCCAAUGCUCACAUAAUUUUUAGACAGAAGUGCGUAUUCCAGAUUUUACAUUGCUGAUUAAAGAUGGCGUCAGACAAGGAAGAUGGGGAACAAGUGGACAACAAGGAGUUAUACAGCUGUCCAUCUGUCGUGAAUCCCACCACGGAGCAACUUACCGACAUUGCAACUCGUCUGGGCUUUCACAUGGACGACGUAGAACUAAAGGCAUAUCAAAUGAUGAUCAAAGGAAAUAUUGAUGCGAUGAAUAGCAUCGAACAUUUGGUCGAACCGACAUUGACUACCAAAUACCCAAGACUUCCAGGUCAAACACCGUCCAAAGCCGACAACUCUUACAAUGCUUGGGCCCGUCGAUGUGAAAUUCGUGGUGCCGAUCGUGGUAGAUUGACGGGAAAACGAAUAGCCAUCAAAGAUAGCAUCGCUAUAGCAUGCAUGCCAAUGAUGAAUGGUAGUCAUGCCUUGGAGGGUUUUACACCUAGCUAUGAUGCAACGGUGGUAUCUAGGGUGUUGGACGCAGGUGGUGUGAUCGUGGGUAAGACAGUUUGUGAGGAUAUGUGCUUCUCUGCUUGCAGUUCUACCGCAGCUCAAGGUCCAGUACUCAAUCCUCAUGAUACCACGCGAUCGGCAGGAGGAUCCAGUUCGGGCAAUGCUGUCGUGCUGGCUAUAGGGGAGGCAGACAUGGCACUGGGUAGUGACCAGGGAGGGUCACUUCGAGUCCCCGCCAGCUGGACCGGCGUAGUUGGUCUUAAACCAACCUAUGGGCUCGUGCCUUACACAGGAGCCAUAGAAGGAGAUCCUGCCAUCGAUCAUAUAGGGCCGAUGGCUAGAACAGUAGAGGACUGUGCACUGCUCCUUGAGGUGAUAGCUGGGUAUGACAGGGGAUUCGAUCAAAGACAACACCCAGAUACAACUGUACCACAGUACACCAAGCAGUUAGUGGGAGCGAGUAUCAAAGGGCUGAAGAUUGGACUGGUUGAGGAAGGGUUCGGGAUGCCAGGGGCGGAAGAAGCUGUCAAUCAAUUGGUGGAAACCACGGUCAGAAAUAUGGAAAGUCUUGGCGCCAUCGUGGAAAGAAUAUCUGUACCAAUGCAUUCCCGAGCCAAAGACAUAUACGGCACUCUGGCUGAAGGUACAGGCGCUUAUAUGCAACGCCCUGCAGGGUGUGUCGGUGCAGGUUUCUAUCCAUCCAGUCUCGUCACUGAGUUUGGAAAAUUGUUUCACUCCAGACCAGACGAUUUCCCGCUUACAAUGAAAAUGGUCCUGAUGCAGAGUGAAUACUUGAGUAGAAAUUACAAGAAUCAGGUUCAUGCGAGAGGGCGCAAUCUUGUGUUUGGUCUUCGCCAAGCUUACGACCACGCCCUCGAGAAAGUCGACGUUCUCGCCUUGCCGACCACGCCCUACCGUACCGACAAACUCAUGUAUCGGGAUGAUACCCUAUCAGAAUUCCUCGGAAAGUGUUUUGGGAUGACGACGAAUACGGCGGCUUUCAACUUGUCCGGUCACCCCGCCCUCAGCGUCAAUGCAGGCUUCCUAGAAGGUUUACCAGUCGGUCUUAUGUUGGUGGGGAGACACUUCGAUGAACUCACCAUCUUUAAAGUCGCUCAGGCUGUCGAGAAAAUCAGGGAUGAGACGAAGUAGAACCAAAAUAAGAACAAAAAUACUGACCUGUUUGUCUCAUGUUGGUAGCAAGAUACUACGAUGAACUUAUACCGUCUUCAAAGUCGCUCAGGCUGUCGAGGACAAGAAGUAGAAACAAACUAAGAACAAAAAUGUUGAACUGCCGCUUCAUGUUGGUAAGAAGACACUUUGAUGAACUUAACGUCUUCAAAGUUGCUCAGGCAGUCGAGCCAAGAAUGAGACGAAGUAGAAACAAAAUAAAAACAAAAAUGUUGAACUGUCGCUUCAUGUUCGUAGGAAGACACCGCGAUGAGAUCACCAUCUUCAAAGUCGCUCAGGCCGCUGAGAAAAUCGAGAAUGGUUCAAAGUGAAAAAUUAAAAAGAAGACUCAGUUUACCUGUUAUGCCUAAUAUCGGUUUGAAGACAUUGUGACGACACUGGCGGGUCCAUGAUUUCCUUGCGGGGAGGGCGGCACAACUGAGUUCGAAAUUCUGUGAUGAGCCCCCAAAACAGGUCAUCAGGACGUUUAGCAUGCCGUUUUGGCUACAAAAAUUCCUGACAAUAAAUUUUAAAAAGUCCCAUCAAUCUUCUUUUUGCCCCCCCCCCCUUCCUCCUUGAUCAAUCCUAACUUAUAAAUGACAGGACGUUAAGGACUUUGGAU